AUGGCACACUCGGUCACAGUCAGGGGGGUGUCAGCCACGGAGCUGCGCUCCAGCGUCAGCACCAGUCCUGGCUCCUCAGACCCCUCAGACCCAACAGAGCAUCUCAGAGCCCACAGACCCCUCAGACUGCCUCAAACCCCCUCAGACCCCUCAGACCGCCUGAGUCAGGAUGGAUCCGUCGUGGAGCAGGUGAGCGUAGCAGAGACCGGUGCGGAGGGAAGAAGAGGCUGCAGAGCAAAAGGCCACAUCUGUUGGAAACACUGGUCCAAAGUCCAAAUCAUGAAGGACCAACAGGAGGACUGA